GCACGCCGUGCCCCUGAGCUCCGGCAUUUUAAUUUUUAAUUAUUUUUCCCACCGUAAUCUCUUUUAAUUUUUAAACGUGUAUCAUGUACGCCAAGGUUUGGGUUGGUGCUGGUGGUGGUGGUUUUUUUUUUUCUUUCUGCUUCUAAAUAGCGUGCUUCCUUCUAAUCUAAUCUCCCCCGCUCCUUGUGCAGAGACACAGGAAUGCAUUGCAGCCCCGUUGCCUUUCUCGGGGCGGGGGGGGGGUCCAGGCACUUCCCACAAAGUUUGGGCAGAGGCCGAACUCCCGGGCACCCGGCGGUGGUCCUGCCCCAGCCCCCGGCCCGGGCUGCCGCAGAGCGGGGCGCAGGCAGCGCCGGGGGAUGCUGGAGCCCACGCCUCGCUCCAUCCCUCGGCAGAGCUCCCCCCCUCCCGGGGCCGUCCACCAGCCUGGACCCACCGCGCAGCACUGCAGAAGGGCCGGCGGGGUGCAGAGCCCCCUGCCCCGCUCUGGGGAGCCCCCGGUGGGUGUCUGCAGCCCCCACCCCUGGCUCCCGCGGAGCGCUCGCGGGUCCCGGUGGGUGCCGGUGUCAGCGGGACCGCGCACGCACUCGCCUGCUCCUCCGUGAGAAGUUCCCCCGUGGGAUGGGGAAGCGCUGCCGGAGCCGCCUUGGCUUUCCCUGCCGAGAAAGUCACGCCGAUGAUCUGGAGUAUAAAAUGGAGGAGGGAAAUGCCUGGUGGCUGCUGGGGACGGGGAGGAAACGCGCCGCCCGCAAGAGCCGCAGAUCAAAAUGACUGUCAAAGCUGUAAAAAUGCCGUGCACGGCUCCAAAUGUUUAUACUAAAGUGCCUGAUGGAGGAUGGGGUUGGACAAUUGCUUUUGCUUUCUUCUUUGUGGAAGCUCUAACGUACGGCAUCAUAAAAUCGUUUGGCGUCUUCUUCAAUGAUCUGAUGGAAAGCUUUGAUGAAACCAACAGCAGGAUAUCCUGGAUAAUAUCCAUAUGUGUGUUUGUACAGACCUUCACAGCUCCUCUGUCGACUGUCCUCAGCAAUCGCUUUGGUCACCGCUUCGUGGUGAUGGCCGGAGGGGUGCUGAUCAGCACUGGCAUGGUCUCCGCCUCCUUUGCCCACACUGUUGUGGACAUGUAUGUCACCAUCGGUGUCGUCUCUGGCCUUGGAUACUGCCUCUCUUUCCUCCCGACUGUCACCAUUUUAUCACAGUAUUUUGACAAAAGACGUUCGCUGGUCACAGCAGUGGCAUCUACAGGGGAAUGUUUUGCUGUCUUCUCCUUUGCACCAGCAAUUACUGCUUUGAAGGAGCAGAUUGGCUGGAGGUACAGCCUGCUUUCUGUCGGGGUGCUACAGCUAAGCAUCGUCAUCUGUGGAUCACUGCUGCGACCCAUUGUCAUCAAAGAGCAAGAAGAAGUGAAAGCACAGCCUCCUCCAGAAGAGCCCACGGAGACAAAGUACAUGCUUGAAAAUGAGCAAACACGCACCUCAAUAGAGUCCAUAGACUCAGGAGUAGAAAUAACUACCUCACCCAGCAAUGUGCCUGGAAACACCAAAGCAGAGCCGAAAAGUGAAGAACCAAAGGAACACGUACAGAUACUUGCUGAAAAUAACAGCACCCCUCCAGAACCAAAAACCAAACUACUGGACUUUUCUGUGAUGAGAGACUAUAGCUUUAUCUGUUAUGCAUUCUUUGGCCUGUUCGCUACCCUGGGCUUCUUCGCUCCCUCCCUCUACAUCAUUCCCCUGAGCCUCAGCCUUGGCAUCAGCAAGGACCACUCUGCGUACAUACUGUCAGCCAUGGCCAUCGCAGAGGUCUUUGGAAGAAUUUCAGCUGGCUGGGUCCUCAACAAAAAGCCUAUCCGCAAGAUCUACAUCGAGCUCAUCUGCGUUGUUCUGCUGUCUGUAGCGUUGUUUGCCUUCCCUUUUGCCUCUGACUUCUGGGGCUUGAUGACAUGUAGCAUCUUCUUUGGGUUUAUGCUGGGAACGGUGGCGGGCACGCAUAUUCCCCUCCUGGCAGAAGACGAUGUGGUUGGCAUCGCCAAGAUGUCUUCUGCGGCUGGAGUCUACGUCUUCAUUCAAAGCUUAGCUGGGUUGGCUGGACCACCCCUUGCAGGUGUCUUAGUGGAUACGACACAGAACUACAGCUCAGCCUUCUACUCCUGUGCUGCUGGCAUGGUCCUGGGUGCUGUGUUUCUGUCCCUGGUGAGACCGUGCAAGGCUGGGCUGUGCCACCGCCAGCAGCAGUGCACACAGGAGAGUGUGGUGGAGGUCGCCCCAGAUCCACCAGAUGACUUUAUUGAAAUGGAUAUUGGAAAAGCAGAAAAUUCAGGAAAAGGCUGUGAUGGCGUGGCAUAAAAAACCGUUCCUUCUCAAUCUAAUCUACUCAAGACUGGGGAAAAUGUCAGCUCUGCUCCACGUUUUAAAACUACAUUCUAAAGGGAAUGUGAAAUUUUAAAUGUGAACAGUUGCUACCGACAACUUUUUUUAUUAUUAGAACUUUUUUAACCAACAAUGGAAAGCUCCAUAGAAAAAUACGGAUAGCCACAUAAGAGUAACUUCUGUCUAGCAUGAAGAUGUGAUGCACACUCCUGCUUUCCCAAUAACAAGCAUAAGUAAAGGUUUGACCGAUCCACACAAACUGAGAAUAGCAACAGCAGAAGCAGCUCAGCCUCUGCCUGUCCUCAUCCAUCCCCUACCACAAAUACCAUGCAGGCAAGAAACUGAUGAUACAAACUGGAGACGAGCAUUUUGUACACCGCCAGUAGCCAACUGACUCUUCUGGAAGAAUAUGGACUCAUGUUUUAGAUUUGAGGAGGAGGCUAGGCUAGAUAGCUGACUUAAGAACAUUAGCAAUGGUUUCUAAUUAACUUGAACAUCACAAAUGCUGGGAAGUCAUAAGGCUCUGUAUGUCUUUAUGGCCAGUUAUUACUGCACAUACUUCAUAAGAUCAUUUUUCUUCUCCCAACUGGUAUCCUUAGGACUGUUUUUCUAUUGAUAGUCAGAUCUGAUGUACUGUUUCUAAUUUAACUAGUAUUUAUUAAUUUAUUCUCAGAUUGUUAAAGGAGGUUAGUUUAAACUGGAGAGGAAAAAUAAUCUUUUGCAUAGUGGAAAGCUGUCUUGACAUCCAUCUCUUCAAUACCUAUCUUGUAUUGCUAGCUUGUGAAAUUGUUGGGAAACUUACUCUUACAGCAUAGUGUAGCUGUUUUUAAUAGGUAGGUCUUAGGUAACCCAGUUGUUAUUUAAAAAGGAAAAAAAAAAAUACUAAACUACAGCUCGAGCAUCUCCUUCCAUAAGGCCUCAGCUGGUGUCAACGGACCUGGCUCUGCUGCUGCCACCAGCCCAACCCCGCAGGGAGGAUUUGGCCCAGUAUGUCUUAAUGUACCUGAAACCUUCGCUAAGAGGUGCACCUGGGAAUCUCUGCCGCAUCACAGAAUGAUCAUGGGAAGCCCCACAUCACCCAGCCCCAGCAGCCUGCCACCCCUGGGGGCACGGGGCUGCUGCUCGGAGCCGUACCCCCUUCCCUGGCUCUCCCCGCUCCCCCAAAGUCAGCACGAGGGUUUUUUUGGUUUUUUGGUUUUUUUUCCUGCUGACUUCAUUGAGACAUGAACUGGAGCUUGUGCACGUGGAAGGCGUGAAGGGAAUGACAAAAGACAAUGUAUUAGCUGUUCAUUUAGUCUUAACGGGAGAGAUUCCUCCUCCCAGUGAUGCAAGCUUGCUUACCCCACCUAUAUGCAUCUUAACGCCUCUAGGCAACUCAGGGGGACAAAUAAAACAAGUCUGUUUUGGUUUGAGGGGGAAAACCCCCAAACAUUUCUGUGUAUUUAAGUGGAAGUGGCAUCAUGCAUUAACUGCUAUGCUGACCUGUCUGUAUUUUGCCAGCCAUAGAAAUGUGGGACAAUCUGAGAAAAGAAAACCACCACCACCAACAAAAAAAUCGACCUCUUGGGAAGGUGCUUGAUGUGUUUUUUCUGUCUUAGGUGUCAAAAAAAAAAAAAAAAAAAAAGACAGGCACUCUUGCAACCAAGUGGCUAGAGCUAUUCAUCCUCACUGCCCGAGACCUGUGGUCUCGUGUCCUUCUUCUGCCUCAGCACUUUAUCAUGGCCAGCAGAACCUCGCUGCAUUGCACCCAGGACUGGAAGACCCCUUACAGAGAACUAGAGUUUUGUGAAUCAGUGAGUAAAUGAACAAAUAACAAUGUUGCAUUAAGAUGUAGUUUUUAUUUAUUGUUAAUUUAUGAUACUUCAAGCAUUUUGGUAAAUGUUCUGUAGACUAUAAUUGUAAGAUUAUUGAAGUCUUUGUGAUAUGAGACCUCACUACAGCACUUUGCUAUUACAACUCUGCUUGGAAGUGGGAUAAGGCCUCCAGGUUUUGCGUGUGUGUGGAAGCUCCCUGUUCUGCAGAUUCACGAGGUUCUACUGUAAUUUAAUUUUUUUUUUUUACAAAAAUUUCCAAUACAGAUCAAAUAAUGUUUGUCACUGACCUCACAGUACGUUUCUGUUGCUGUCUGUGUAGCGGCACGAGCAGGGGAGCAAGUGAGUAUGUGUGUGUGCGAGCGCAGAAGACCCAGAAGCAGGCUUUAAUGCGUUCAAAGCAGGAUUUACUGAUUUGUUUGUAACAGACCUAGUGGACUCUGGAAAUACUCUAAAACACUGAGUUUUGCAAUAAACUUUUUCUUUUUUUUU